AUGCGUUCUCUACGCCAACUAGGCAUCCUAUCAGGUCUCGCGGCCGUCAGCCACGAAGCGCCAAACCCGACAUCUCACAAGAGAGCCGAGGCCAUAAAGGAGACGUACCGCGACUCGUGGAAGGUCUACUACGAGAACGCCUUCCCCAACGACACGCUGAUGCCGCUGAACAACACCUUCCUCAACGACCGGAAUAGGUGGGGCGUCACGGCCAUCGACGCGCUCACGACGGCCAUUGUGCUCGAGGACGAGGAGAGCGUCAACCAGAUACUCGACUUCGUGCCGACCAUUGACUUCACGACGACGGCGGAGCCGGGAGACAUUUCGCUGUUCGAGACCAACAUCCGGUUCUUCGGCGGGCUCCUGUCGGCCUACGACCUGCUCUCGGAGCCCCGGUACGCCAAGCUGGUCCGGGACGGGAGUCACGUCGGGGCGUGCCUCGACCAGGCCAGGUCCCUCGCCGACAGCCUCAAGUUCGCCUUCGACACGCCCACCGGCAUCCCCGACCCGGUCGUGCGGCUCAACCCGGACCGGAGGCGCAGCGGGGCGACGGUCAACAACGUCGCCGAGGCGGGCACGCUCAUCCUCGAGUGGACCCGCCUCAGCGACCUCACCGGCGACAGGCAGUACGCCGACCUGGCCAGGCGCGCAGAGUCGUACCUGAUCAGCCCGAAGCCGGCGAGCGCGGAGCCCUGGCCCGGGCUGACGGGCACCUUUGUCAGCAUCGCCAACGGCAGCUUCACCAGCGACGGCGGCGGCUGGGGCGGCUACACCGACAGCUUCUUCGAGUACCUCAUCAAGAUGUACCUGUACGACCCGGACGACUUCUCCCCCUACAAGGACAGGUGGGUGGCGGCGGCCGAGUCGACCAUGGAGCACCUCGCGUCGCACCCGAGAUCCCGGAACGACCUCACCUUCCUGGCAGACUACGAGGGUCAGGUGACGAUCUCCCGGUCGACUCACCUGGCAAGCUUCGCCGGCGGCAACUUCAUCCUGGGCGGCAUCCUCCUCGACGAGCAGAGAUACAUCGACUUCGGCCUCGCCGUGGCGGAAUCGUACUUUGAGACGUACCGCUCCACGGCCACGGGCAUCGGCCCGGAGGCCUUUGCCUGGACGUCCGACGAGACGGCCCACCGCGAUGGCGACGUCGACGUCGACGCCGACGCCGGCUUCUGGGCCACGUCGCCCUCGUACAUCCUGCGUCCCGAGACGGUCGAGUCCCUGUACUACUCGUACCGCGUCACCGGCGACCCCAAGUACCAGGACAUGGCGUGGGAGGCGUACCGCAGCAUCGACGCCGCUACCGGGCUCCGGUCAGGAGCCCACGCCGGCCUGCAGAACGUCACCGUCCAGGACGGCGGCUACGUCGAUAAGAUGGAGAGCUUCUGGCUCGCAGAGACGCUCAAGUACCUCUUCCUCACCUUUGACGUGGACUCGGAGGAUCUACAAGUCCGAGGGGAUGGGGGGAAUAAGUGGGUGUACAAUACCGAGGCUCAUCCCGUCAAGAUUAGGCAUUAG